AUGUUUUUAUGUCAGUUGCUUUUGGCUACCAUUGGUAUUGAUUUCUUGUCAAAAACAAUGUACCUUGAAGAUAGAACAGUUCGAUUACAGCUUCGGGAUACUGCUGGACAGGAGAGAUUUAGGAGUCUAAUUCCAAGUUAUAUACGAGAUUCAUCAAUUGCAGUCAUUGUCUAUGACGUUGCUAAUCGACAAUCAUUCUUGAACACUACAAAAUGGAUAGAAGAAGUACGUACUGAACGACGCACUGAUGUCAUCAUAAUCUUUGUUGGCAACAAAAUAGAUCUUGUUGACAAAAGGCAAGUUUCAAUUGAAGAAGGAGAUGGCAAAGCUCGUGAAUUUGGAGUUAUGUUUAUAGAAACAAGUGCAAAAGCUGGAUUCAACAUUAUUCCCUUAUUCCGGAAGAUUGCUGCUGCUUUACCAGGAAUGGAUACAAUGUCAUCCAUAAAACAAGAAGAUAUGGUUGAUGUCAAUUUGAAGUCUUCUGGUAAUGCUUCUCAUUCAGACCAAGGUAGAGGGUGUGCAUGUUAG